AUGCUAGUGUUUGAAGUUUUCCGAGAAUUUGACCCGGCAGUCGACGGGUCGAAUCCCAAGAUAAUGGCGAACGGCUUGUUUCUAUUUACAUGCUCAAGUCUCCUGAUAUUCGUUGUGCUAGGAAUAGCCAUGUUCUAUUCAGGGAUGACGCAGAGGCGGUCGAGUUUGUCCAUGUUGGGCAUUCCUUUGAUUGUCACAAUGGUCACUUUCAUCGUGUGGUGUGUUCUUGGCUAUUCGUUAACGUUCAGUAAUAAUGCCUCAACCAGGUACAUUGGAAAUUUUCAGUUUGCGGGUCUGAGAAAUUUAGAGAGGUCCUUGCUGGAAAACGAGUCAGCACCAGAUAAUUUGAUCCCUGCUUUGCCACAUGCUGUAUUUGAAGGUCUGUUGGCCUGUGUAGCUGCUGCUCUUACCAUGCCAUGUAUCGCUGAGAGAGGGAGGAUACUACCGAUGCUGGUGUUUUGUGUGGUAUGGGUGAUACUAGUCUAUUGUCCCGUCGCUUAUUGGGAGUGGAACUCUAACGGCUGGAUGGUUGACAAGAUCGAUAUUUUGGACUAUGGUGGUGGCUCACCCGUUCAUUUGGUUUCUGGGUUCACUACUUUGGCCUAUUCGAUAUUGCUAGGUCAGAGAGACCAAAUAUUGAUUAUGAACAAAAAUAGGUACAGAAACUCCAACACCGGAAUGAUUGUCAUAGGGACAAUGUUUUUAGUUACAGGAUGGCUCGGGUUCAAUGCCGGUUGCUCGUUAACUUUAGGAUUGGCCUCUUUUAUCUCUGUUGUGAAUACCCUAAUUUCAUCGGCAAUGGCAUCGUUAACAUGGAUGUGUGUGGAUUACUAUUGGAAUAGGAAGCUCUCUAUUAUGGGCGUUUGUUCUGGAUGCAUAACUGGGUUGGUAGUGAUUACGCCCGCUGCAGGCUAUGUUAACCUAUGGUCGAGUUUCAUAUUCGGGUUUGUGGGAGGUUUCUUGGUAAAUUUUGCCACAGGCUUAAAGUACCUGAUCCAUGUUGACGACUGUUUGGACAUAUUUGCCAUACAUGGCAUUGGAGGAAUGAUAGGCAUUCUCUUGACGGGAUUAUUUGCUGAUAAGAAUAUUGCCAUUUUAGGAUUCAACGACAUUGCCGGCGGUUGGGUAAACCAGAAUUAUGUUCAACUUGGAUGGGAAGUGGUUGGUACCAUUGUGGUUUCCCUCUAUGCAUUCACUAUAUCGUUUGUGGUAUUGUUGAUAAUCAAUUGGAUACCUGGACUGCGAUUGAAAGUUGAUGAUGAGCAAACAUUGCAUGGAGGAGCAGAUGAAUGGGAGUUUGGUGGAGAGUUUAUACAAGACUUCGUUGAAUUUUUGCGGAUUUUGGAUCCUACAGACUACUUGCGGAACGAAGUCGAACCCCAGCUGGAAAGCCCAGCUGGUGAAAGCUAUCAACAAGAAGAUUUCCAGAUGAGAGACCUUUGA